AUGGGGUCUAAGAAAAAACAAAAAGUCUUAGCAGUUGAGUCUAAGAAGGCAGAUGAAAACUUCACUGUCUCAAACUUUACCUAUGAUCGUGGUAGGGUCCGAGAGCUUGCUGCUCAUAUGAUACUUUACCAUGAAUAUCCAUUCUCUAUGAUGGAGCAUGUGGUAUUUAAUAAAUUCAUGAGUGCAAACACUCCAUAUUGGAAAAAAAUGCCACGGGCUCUUGCAAAGAAAGAAUGUAUGAGAACUUAUGAGAAUGAAAAGGCUAAGUUAAGGACUUUGCUUAAACAUGUGAAUAAAGUUCAUAUCACAACUGACAUGUGGACUUCCUGUCAAAAACUUUCAUAUAUGGUAGUGACAGUUCAUUUUAUAGAUACUGAUUGGCAUCUUCAGCGGCGUGUGUUGAACUUUUGUAAUGUGCCACAUCCACAUACUGGCCUUCUUAUUGCUGAUGCUCUAGAAAAGUGUUUCCAAACUUGGGGGAUUGAGAAUAAAAUUAGUUUAAUUACUAUUGACAAUGCUAGUUCUAAUGAUGUUGCCAUUCGGAUCUUGAAAGAUGAUUUUAGGUUGAAGAGAACAUUGACUGUAGGUGGGAAACUAUUUCAUGUACGUUGUUGUGCACAUAUAACAAAUUUACUUGUACAAUAUGAAUUGGGGGAGAUUAGGGAUAUUGUUGAUUGUGUAAGAGAUGGUAUAAAAUAUUUGGUAGCAUCAGAGAAUAGGCUAAAACAGUUUAGUGAAAUUGCAAAACAGUUGCAAUUGCCUUCAAAGAAACUGAUUUUAGAUGUGUCUACAAGAUGGAACAGCACUUAUUUAAUGUUGGAUGCUGCAAUUCAGUUCAAAGAAGUUUUCUCUAGAUAUGGUGAUAGAGAUAGAUGUUUUGAAUGGGUUCCAACUGUUGAAGAGUGGGGGCAAGUUGAAAAUGUUUGUUAA